UUUUGCAUUACUGGAGGAAAGGAACUAGCUCAGAAGUCAGCCUGACACCCACAGAGAUUAAAACGUCUCUUCCUUCCUCUUUGUUUCCACGUCCCAGUCUUCAAUAAAUUCUAUCUGACCACAGCAGCAGAGGGACCCACUCUCUUGUGGUUUCUGUCAAGUUCCUGAUUUUCAUCCGCAGUUGAAGAUGAGCAAGAACUCUGUAACAGUGUCACCUUGGAGUCUGCACUGAGAGGUAUUUCAAAAUGAGUGAAGCGUGACUCUCAUAGAUGAAGGCCUAGACGCAGGAUCUUUAAUGAAAAAACACUUUGGCCACUUCAAGACGAUAAACACUCACUGGGCAAAACAACUUCACUGAAAAGAGAUCUCAUAUUAUGCAAAAAAAAUCUUAAAAGAAAUUCAGUGAUAAUAUCAGAAGUAACCAUCAAUGAGCAGGGCUCCACAAACAGACACCUACACAAACUGGCUCACCAGAAUGCCUGCUUAUCCAGUAAUCCAGUUAUCAUCAUCCAGAAGUCCUGUUCAUCUUUUGAUAUUUUUUCUGUUGCCUAUCUCUCAUCUUUAAUGGACUAGCAUGAACUGGCCUCUGCCUUCAGAAGUUACAAGAUGAUCAAUUCAACCUCCACACAGCCUCCAGAUGAAUCCUGCUCUAAGAACCUCCUGAUCACUCAGCAGAUCAUUCCCGUGCUGUACUGUGUGGUCUUCAUUGCGGGAAUCCUACUCAAUGGAGUGUCAGGAUGGAUAUUCUUUUACGUGCCCAGCUCCAAGAGUUUCAUCAUCUAUCUCAAGAACAUUGUUAUUGCUGACUUUGUGAUGAGUCUGACUUUUCCUUUCAAGAUCCUUAGUGACUCAGGCCUUGGCCCCUGGCAGCUGAAUGUGUUUGUGUGCAGGGUCUCUGCCGUGCUCUUCUACGUCAACAUGUACGUCAGCAUUGUGUUCUUUGGGCUCAUCAGCUUUGACAGAUACUAUAAAAUUGUAAAGCCUCUUUGGACUUCUUUCAUCCAGUCAGUGAGUUAUAGCAAACUCCUGUCAGUGAUAGUAUGGAUGCUCAUGCUCCUCCUUGCUGUUCCAAAUAUUAUUCUGACCAACCAGAGUGUUAGGGAGGUUACAAAUAUAAAAUGUAUAGAAUUGAAAAGUGAACUGGGACGGAAGUGGCACACAGCAUCAAACUACAUCUUCGUGGGCAUCUUCUGGAUUGUGUUUCUUUUGUUAAUCGUCUUCUAUACUGCUAUCACAAAGAAAAUCUUUAAGUCCCACCUUAAGUCAAGUCGGAAUUCCACUUCAGUCAAAAAGAAAUCUAGCCGCAACAUAUUCAGCAUCGUGUUCGUGUUUUUUGUCUGUUUUGUACCUUACCAUAUUGCCAGAAUCCCCUACACAAAGAGUCAGACCGAAGCUCAUUACACCUGCCAGUCAAAAGAAAUCUUGCGGUAUAUGAAAGAAUUCACUCUGCUACUAUCUGCUGCAAAUGUAUGCCUGGACCCUAUUAUUUAUUUCUUUCUAUGCCAGCCAUUUAGGGAAAUCUUAUGCAAGAAAUUGCACAUCUCAUUAAAAGCUCAGAAUGACCUAGAUAUUUCCAGAACCAAAAGAGGAAAUACAACACUUGAAAGCAUAGAUACUUUGUGAGUUCCUACCCUCUUCCAAAUAAAGACCACGUGCGCAUGUUGUCAUCUUCAAUUACAUAAGAUAAAUGAAUAAGAUAUGUGCCCUCAUCGUAAGUAUUAUCUCUAGCACUGCCAUCCAAUUUAGGUCAAUAAAAUUCAAAUAUAAGUUUCCAUGCUUUUUUGUAACAUCAAAGAAAACACACUCAUCAGUAAUUUCUCUAAUACUGACCUUUCUAUUCUCUAUUAAUAGAAAAUUAAUACAUAAAAUUAUUCAAUUCUAUUAUAUUAAAAUAAGUUUAAGUUUAUAACCACUAGUCUGGUCAGUUAAUGUAGAAAUGUAAAUAGUAAAUAAAACAGGACAUAAUCAAGGAAAACUCACUCAGGCAUCUUCCUUCUCUAAACACCAGAAUCUAGUAUGUAAUUGUUUUCAACACUGUCCUUAAAGAGUAACUUGAAAGCAGGUACAGUUUGAUGAAGGGCUAGAGGGCUGUUUGCAAUAAAAAGUCAACUUUUUUCCUGACUUGAAGAAGCAGGAUAAGCAGACACCCAGAAAAUCACUUAAGAAACCCCUCAUUGAUUUAUUUCAUGGCACUGCAAAGGAAAAGGAAUAUUAAUUGUAUACUUAGCAAGAAAAUUUUUUUUUCUGAUAGCACUUUGAGGAUACUAGA